AUGUUCGACGGGCGCAUUGGCAUGUGGCCCUUUGUGGCCAAGGAGCCUGUGCAACGAAGCAGCAAGAAUUGCCCAAGAAGAACGUUGGUCACGCAGUCGCAGACCGUGACCUCUGAAGUGUACCUGCGCAUGUUGACAACCAAGGUCAUUUCAGCAAUUCAAAUCAAGAUGCCACUUGCCAUGAAGAGGUCGACAGUGUUUAUUCAACAAGACAGUGCGGGACCCCAUGCGCAAUCGGUGAAGAACUCCAUUGAAAUGCGCAUCGACGGCGAUGGGUUGACAAUCAAAAUGCGGAACCAGCCGCCCAACAGUCCGGACUUUAAUUUGAUGCUGCGUUUUGCGAGUUGCCCCACGAGGUUUUGA